ACGUCGCCGUGUGGGCGUGCGCGUUAUGAACGUCAACAAAAGAGAGAAAAAGGAGAAAGGAAAGAGGAGACAAGGAGUAUACGCUACAGGAGGACACAAACAGAUAUGUGGAUUUAACCCGCAGGAACAGUGAGAAUACUGUGCUGAAAACGUGAGAUCGCUAGCUCAAGUGCCAGAGACAUGGACGGCUUCAAGCUGAUGAAGGAGCUGAGGGUGAAUUAUGAGCAGGAGCAUCAUUACCUCCCGAAAGAGACGGGACUGAGCCUCAUCGAAUCCACAACUCAGGAUGACAGUCGGAUCUCGGCCAAGUGCAGAGAUGCCAAAGUGGAGGACCUGUGGAGUCUGAACAGCUUCUUCGGUUACAGCACGCAGACCUUUGUCCUGGCUGUUAACCUGCUGGACAGAUUCCUGGCCAUGAUAAGGAUCCAGCCAAAACACCUGUCGUGCGUCAGCGUCAGCUGCCUCCACAUGGCGGCCAAAGUGACGGAGGAGGAGUGCAACCUGGCGUCCACCGACGCGCUCAUCCGCAUCGGUCAGUGCCGCUUCACCGUGUCCGACCUCGGGCGCAUGGAGAAGAUCGUCGCCGAGAAGCUCAACUUCAAGUCCAAAGCCAUCACCGCCUUAACCUUUCUGCACUUGUAUCACCAGAUCGCACUUUCACACGCUACGGACAGGAAGGAGACUCUGAGCCUGGAGAAGCUGGAGGCUCAGCUCAAAGCCUGUCUGUGCCGGAUCUCGUUCUCUAAAGCAAAGCCGUCCGUCCUGGCCUUGUCUCUCCUGAGGCAGGAGAUCGAAGCCGUUCAGUCGGAGGACAUGUUGGAGAUAGCUUAUCACAUCCAGAGACACCUGAAGAUUGCAGACAGCGAGUUGCUGCUGUGGAGCGAGCGCGUUGCUCUGUGUCUGUCGGACUAUGCCUCACCCGAAUGCAGCAAACCCAACCACAGGAGGCUGCAGUGGAUUGUGUCGAGGCGGACCGCCCAGAACCUGCACAGCCACCGCAGCGUCCCCGAGCUGCCCACCAUACCUGAGGGAUGCUGGGAUGAGAGCGAGAGCGAGGAUUCAAGCGAGGACAUGAUGAGUUCAGGCGAGGAGUCCCUCAGCAGCUCUCUGGGCAGCGAUGCCGAGGGGCCCUUCUUCCCUCUGCACCUGCGCCGCCAAAAACACCGCCAACACCUCCACGCCUGACGCCUCCGCCGCCUAUGUGCCUCGUCAUCUCCACCCACCCCCCUCUCUCUAACCUCUUUACCUUUUUAAUUUAUUGGUUAAUAAGCUCCGGUGCUGGUGGAGAAUCGCACAACAACUGGCAGCUGAGCAGUCCAGACUCUUCCUGGUAGAUUUUCUUUUUUUAGUUUGUAGACGUGUGCAUGUUGAGUUGUCACAUUCCAGAGCGCGAGCUUUUAUGAAAUUCAGUCUUCAUGGUGCUGAGCUAGCUGACACUGCGAUUGAAGAAAAAGAUUUAGCGCUGAGGCUUGAGUUCAAACCGGACGGUUCAUGUUGUAGACGAGAAGAAAAUGUGGUGUUUAUUUAAUAGAAUGUUUGUGACUGUUAUUAAUCUAAGACUGUUUUUAUUAAGGACGAGUGUCCUGAUGUGCAGAAGCUGAGAGCGGCCGCAGGUUCGUUAUCUGGGGGAUCGAGACAAAUGACUCCCAACGUGACUUAGAGGUCUAUAUGAAUCCACUCUGGGUCUGACCCGAGACCCGGUCGAGCCUAAAUUCUAAACUCAAAUUAGUCUAAUCAGGCCUCUCGCUCUCUUUGAGUGGGUCUCUGUUUUCCAUGCACUGAAGUCCUGAUCACACUAAGUGCUGAAAACUGAAUUUGAGCAUCGUGUUUGUCAGCCGCUCUCAGCUCCUGCAGUGAAGUUUCAUUUGCACAAUUUUCUUUAAAUCUCAUUUAAAGUGUUAAACUGGAGGCUUGAGUUUGUCUGAAGGGAAACCUAAGCACUCAGCUCGUGUCCAGUCAGGACACCGAUGUUAAGUGCCUUGCUCGAAGGCAGCAGGGACAGAGAUCUCAGAGCUCCCGAGACCGGUCUGACUUUUUCCUUCAGAUUCAAACCCUGCUGAUACCACAGGGUGUUCAGAUAAACAUUUAAUGAGUGUGUGUUUGUGGACGUUUGUGUGUGAACGUAUGAUCCUGGUUUCAAUUCAAAAGUUGCCAAUUUUAGGAUGUAGCUUCAAAAAAAGAUAGAGAAAAAAAGUCUUGGUGUUUUGAACGUGUUCAGAGAGAAUGUUGUAUGAACAAAAUAAUGUUGACAAAGUGUCAAAAAAAAGUUUAAAAAUGUAAAAAAAUGUUAAUACAAAAACAUGUAAAAGUGUAAAUGAUGUACAAAAAAAAUCUGUUGAUAGUUCUUUGUAGAUAUUAAGUUAUUUCUUUGUCACAUGUACUGAAAAAAAGAAAAUCUUAUAAAAAAUAUUUUUUA